CUUGAAGACACUUCUGUUUUCGAUGAAACUAACCGUCUUCCGGGAAUGGAAGCCGCCAGUAUUCCAUCCUUGCUCAUACGACUCUGCUAUUCGUUAGAGCAUAGUGAAAUGGUCACGAUAGCAUUCCUCAGCUUCUCGCUAGCGAACGCUUCCGCAUUCUUCUUCACCAUACUAGGUCUGAGAUCCUGGAUCUGCGAAGACGGGGAUUUGUAGCACUGGU